GACGUGAGUGCUGUCUCUCCUGCUCACACUUUGGCCACAAAUCAAAACCGGUCCAUCUCGUUAACAAGCUGUGGUUUGUCACGUACAGCCUGAUUUCUUAUCCAGGUUUGGAUCGUGGAUGCUUUCCGUGUGUUGUGAUUCAGAAACAUUAUUAUGCUUCCUGUUAUCUUCUAGCAAUUUCUAGUCUCGUUAGAUAGUUCUCUAUAUAUACUCGUACAUCUUAACGACUUUCUUACGUGUGCUAUAUAUAUUCAUGAAUGUUGUAUGCUGUAGUGGAAAUAAUUUGUUUGAUUUCUUGGUACUAUAAUGUACGUCCUGGUUCUCCUGCUGUUGUUAUAUAGUGCUGGAACAUUCUGAAUCCGUGUAAGGAGAAGAAUCGCUCAUUCUAGUCUGGCUUCACGAUACUGAAUGUCAUGGGUACCACAAUCGUUACAACAGAGACCCAAAGCCUACGAGAUCCAACAUCAUAUAUUCGAAAAGGGACAGACCAGAAAUAUGCAAUUAAUGAGACCGCAGAGUCUAGCAACAGCAAAUUCUGGAGCCUGAUCGUGUGGAAAAAUGUCAUCUUAUUCCUUUAUGUGCAUUUGGCAGCGAUCUACGGAUUUUAUCUGGCAUUCACCAAAAUCAAAGGAAUCACAACUGUAUGGGGACUUGUUUACACCAGUUGCGGUGGCCUGGGAAUCACUGCCGGUGCGCAUAGGCUCUGGGCGCACCGCUCCUACAAAGCCACAUGGCAGCUGCGCAUCAUCCUCGGCAUCUUCCAGACCAUCGCUUUCCAGAAUCAUAUCUAUGAAUGGGCACGAGACCACAGAGUACAUCACAAGUUCUCAGAAACUGACGCCGACCCUCACAAUGCAAAACGGGGUUUCUUUUUCUCACAUGUGGGCUGGCUCCUUAUGAAGAAACAUCCUGACGUAAAAAGCAAAGGCAAAGUCGUGGACAUGAGUGACUUGGAAGAGGACUUCGUCGUCGUCUUUCAGCGACGAUACUAUUAUAUACUGAUGCCUCUCCUGACUUUCAUAAUCCCAACACUGGUGCCUGUGUUUCUGUGGAACGAGGACCCCUGGAUGGCGUGGUACUCCACUAUGUUUCGGUGGGUCUUGGCCCUGAACUGUACGUGGCUCGUAAACAGCGCUGCCCAUAUGUGGGGCAAUAAACCAUAUGACAAAAACAUAUCGCCAGCGGAGAACAUGUCUGUGGCCAUCUUGGCGUACGGAGAGGGGUUUCACAACUACCAUCACGUGUUUCCCUAUGACUACAAGGCAGCUGAACUAGGGGAUUACAUGUUGAACCCAACAACUGCGUUUAUUGACUUCUUCGCUCGCAUCGGAUGGGCGUACAGCUUGAAGACAAUGUCAAGGAAAACCAUCAUGGCGCGCAUAUUGAGGACGGGCGAUGGUACACACAAACGCAUCGGCAGAAGCAAUUCACCCGACUGUCACACCCAAGAAGAUCAUGUGUGGGGUUGGGGUGACGCAGACAUGAAAGAGGAAGACUGCAAGUUUGUGUCGGUACUUGAAGAAGAAGAAGAAUAAAAGACGUUAACUUAUUAAGAUCAGAAGACUCUGUGUGUGUUUUUGUAUGUGUUUGGGGGUUCUCUUCUAGCUUGCUGUCAAUUGAUACAGGUGACAUAUACGAUACGAUACCGGUGACCUUGGCAUCGAUAUAUUUUCCCCGGAAUUUAUCAUUUGCUUCAGGUAGGAAUAAACCAGAGAAACUAAUGAUAAAAUUGAAACAUUUCCCCCUUUCAACUACGUAAAAAUGUAUUAUAAUUUUAUAUUUUAUUAGAAGUAACGGCUGGGGAGCUGGGGUAGCCUAAUCAGUAUAGCGACUCUGCUACUGGCUGGACAGCCGAGGAGUUGGGGUUCGAGUCCGGGUAGAAGUAUGAUUCUUCUCCUUUCAAUGUUGUCGAGACCGGCUCUGGGGUCCACCCAGCCUCUUAUCAAAUGGGUACGGGGAGCUCUAUCCCCGGAGAUAAGGCGGCAGGGG